CGAGCGUUUGAGUGUUAAAGCACGCAACGCCCGAUCCCGGCGAUAGUGCGUUAAUUAAGUGCGUGUGUGAGUACUUGAAAUGAGUAAUGAAAUUUUGGUGGUGCUGAGUUGGAUUUGAAAACGUGAUUUACCGAAAAACCAAACUGGAUUAAAAGGAUUAAGUGCGGAGAGCGGUUGUGGUGCGGUUUGAAUAAUAAAGGACCAAAUUUCUUCGUUCCAAUGAAGCACACUUGAUGAGGGUGUGUGUGUGUGUGCGUGGAGAAAGGAAAAGUUUUCAGCAUCCCGCCCCAAGUUGAGUGUAAAUUCUGCUUAAGCUGACCCUCUCAGUUGGGAAAACGGGGAGCUUUUCCUGGGAGACGGAGACGAAGGCGACGGAAUAGUUUUCCAUAAUUAAGUUGUCCUAGCUCGAUAAGUGGGCUUCAUUAUCGGAGAAAGUUAUCCCAGCUGGAGAGAUAGAGAGCGAGAGUAAAUUAGCAAUGAUUCACCAUCAGCCAGCGAAAUACCACACGAAUCCUUUGACACAUUUUCUCAACUUACACAACUCGCAUGCCACGGCAGCAGCGGCGGCGGCGGCCGCAGCAGCCGCGCUGGACCAGCAUCAGCACAUCCUGAACAACAAUAACAACAUCAACACCAACAACAACACCAUCAACGCCAGUUCGAUGAAUGAAGAGAAUGAUAAGAGCCAUGAACUGAUGAGUGGAGCCAGCUUGGAAACGCACUCCCCGCUAAUCGAUACCAACGGAAGUGGAAGUGACGGCGAAGAUGAUAACAUCGACAUCAUCGAUGACGACGACGAAGAAGAAGACGAGCCAAGCGAAGAGGAGUGCGAAGAAGACAUCCUGGCGAGGAGUCGAAACCAUACGCCCAGCACCACCCCACUGGAUGCCGACGGGAUCGGGAAAUCGUUCACCAUAGCGGCCAUUUUAGGGCUGAAGAAAAAGCAACAGCAGCAGGACGGUCACAGCUUGAACGAUGUGAUGAAUCUCUCGCUGAACCACGCCGAGAGCCGCCAGUCGGCAUUUCAGCCCAGAAUCACCGUCCGAGAUGCGGAAUCAAUAUCCGACGGAAGUCCGUUGGAGUCGGUCAACGCGCACCACCAUCCCGCGUCACAGCAGCCAACGAGCAACAGCAGCUUGGCGGCGCUGCAAACGUUGCACCACAUGCACGUGGCCGCUGCCGGGUCAGGCUUUGCCGCGAGUCCUCACCAGUUUCAUCAGCAUCAUCCGACGGGCGGUGGUGGUGGGGGAGGAGGGGUGAACGCGGCGGGAGGUGUGCCGAUGCACCACCCACACCAUAAUCGGUUGAAUGACCAUGCUCAUCCACAAUCUCCACAACAGCAGCAGCAGCAGCAACAAUCGCAUCUGCCCAACCAUCAUCACCACCAAUUCAACCAUCAUCAUCACCACCACCAUCAUCACCUGGCGAUGGCUGCCCAUCAUCACGCGCAGAAUCAUAAUCGAGAAAAGUACAAAGAUCUUGGCAAAAAAUCUUCCCUCUCGGCGUCAUCUGCUCUGAAGAGUAAACGCGUGCGGACCAUUUUCACCCCGGAACAACUGGAACGCCUGGAAGCGGAAUUCGAACGCCAACAGUACAUGGUCGGACCCGAGCGACUCUACCUGGCCCACACCCUCCAACUAACGGAGGCACAGGUAAAGGUAUGGUUCCAAAAUCGGCGGAUAAAGUGGCGCAAGCACCACCUGGAGAUAACCCAGCAGCGGUUGGCACUGAUACGGCAGCGACAAAUUGCCAACGGAGUUGUCCCACCACAAGCUGCCGGACCACACAGCAACAUCAACAGCGGUGACCAAGCGUCUCCAUCGUCGUCCGGUGGGAUGCCACAACAACAGCAAAUGAUGGCCGGUGGACGCAUGCUGGUUGGCGGCUCGCCCGAAUCGCCCGAACUUACCAUCUGUACGGACUCGCUGGAAACGAGAAGCGUUAGUGAGAGUGAUGAUUAGAGGAGUACGGUUGAAACUUUAUGAAAAUGUAAUUUAAUACAGGGACUUAACGAAUAUAAGUUGUUCUUUUUAGUUUGUUAGAUUGUAGAAUAUUACUUAACAUUUAUAACUUAAUUUUGUAGAAAACAAAGAUAAUCACCUUAAUGUAAGCAGUAGUAAAUAUGUGUAUAAAAUGUUA